AAAGUGACAACUCUGAGAUUGAGAAGUUGGAAGAACGAGAGACGAGUGAUUCUGAAAAUGAAGAAGAAAGUGAAGGACGCGGAACGAAGCCUAUAUAUAAGGCUCAAACGAAAGAGGAAACUCAACGGAACAAAACAAAAAAGUUAAAGAAGAAGAAAAAAGAGAAAGCCGUUCCGUUCAUUGAUGAUCGUGAAGAAAUCGACGAAAUUGAUAAUGAAGCGAGUGACCAAUCAAAUGAAGAAGAAAGUUCUGAUGAUGAGAAUGACGAAAUGUCGAAUGUAUAUGAGAUGAGUGAAAACGAGAAGUGUGAAAACAACGAGGAUGAGAAUUCAAUGUCAAAUGUAUUUGAAGAGAGUGACGUUGACGAGAAUGAAAAUAAUGAACGUAUCGAAGAUAUGGAAAUUGACGAGGACGAGAUGGAAGAACGGAAAGAGAUGGAAGAAAAGGAACAAAUUGAUAAAAAAGAUGAUAAAAGUGAUGAAGAGUUGGAACAAGCACCAAUUGUGUUUCCAAAAAACAAAAAGAAAAAAAGAACGCUGAUAAUGCCUUGGAAUCCACAUCAAAACGACGAAGUGGAAAACGAAGAGUCCGAUGACAAUGACGAAUUUCAGGAAAAACCACUCAAGUCAAGACUAAGGAAAAGGCCAAGUAAAAGGGGGUGA